AUGUUUGGAAUUUGGAUUGCUGCAGUCUUAAUCUUUGGCACAUCAACAGGAAAAGAGAUCUGCUAUGAGAGGGUGGGGUGCUUUCGAGACGGUCCACCGUGGACAGGGACCUUGUCGCGGCAGUUCACCAGUUUGCCCUGGUCCCCAGAGGAGAUCAACACCCGCUUCCUGCUCUACACCAGGCACAGCCGCGAGGCCCCUCAGGAGAUCAGUGCCGUUAAUUAUCGAACUAUCCACGCCUCACACUUCAGGACAGACAAGAUGACCCGCAUCAACAUUCCUGGGUGGAAAUCGGAUGGAAAGUGGCAGCAAGACAUGUGCAAUGUGUUGCUGAGACAGGAAGACGUGAACUGCAUCAACGUGGACUGGAUUAACGGGUCGCUGGAAUACAUCCACGCCGUCAACAACCUGCGUGUCGCCGGAGCCGAGGUGGCUUAUUUUAUUGACGUGCUCAUGAAGCAGUUUGGAUAUUCCCCUUCUAAGGUGCACUUGAUCGGCCACAGCCUGGGAGCUCACCUGGCGGGGGAGGCGGGGUCAAGGACGCCAGGCCUCGGGAGGAUAACUGGGCUGGACCCCGCCGGGCCGUAUUUCCACAACACCCCCCGCGAUGUCAGGCUGGACCCCUCGGAUGCCAGCUUCGUGGAUGUGAUUCACACCAAUGCCGCUCGCUUCCUCUUCGAGUUCGGUGCCGGGACGAUCAACGCUUGUGGACACCUGGACUUUUACCCAAAUGGAGGCAAACAUAUGCCAGGAUGUGAAGACUUAAUUACACCUCUAUUAACAUUUGACUUCAACGCUUACAAGAAAGAAGUGGCUUCCUUCUUUGACUGCAACCAUGCCCGCAGCCAUCGCUUUUACCUGGAAAGCAUUCUCAGUCCUGACGCAUUUAUCGCUUAUCCUUGUAGAUCCUACGAGUCUUUUAAAGCGGGAAACUGCUUCCAUUGUCCCAAAGAAGGCUGCCCAACGAUGGGUCAUUUUGCUGAUAAAUUUCACCUCAGAAAUAAGAAGCCUAAUAGAGCAUAUUAUUUUUUAAACACCGGGCCUCUUUCCCCAUUUGCCCGUUGGAGGCAUAAGUUGUCUGUCAAACUCAAUGGAAACAAUGCCACUCAAGGGAGCAUCUUUCUCCGUAUGGGCGGGACCACUGGGAAGACGGAGGAGGUGGCGGUGGCCAGUGGAACACUUAAGCCAGGCAUGACUUACACAAAAUUAAUUGAUGCAGAAGUUAAUGUUGGCAACAUCACAAGCGUUGAGUUCAUCUGGAAGGAACAUUCAUUUGGACGUUCUGGGAAUAAGUUGGGAGCAGAAAUAGUGGCAGAUGUAUCUGGGAAAUAUGGAUAUGAAUCUACCUUCUGUGGCCAGGACAUUAAGGGACCUAAUAUUGCACAGAUCCUGAAACCAUGCUAA